CUUCAGCUUCAAAUGAGUCCAACGACGUCGUGUCACUCUUUUAUUUGUGCAAUUACUUUUAAUUGAUCAAUUUUAAUUAAAGUUAAUUAUAACUAAACGCUGUUUUAUAGAACUAAUCCAGUGGGUUUAGUUCUCUACCACUGUAUAAAUAAGGAGGGUUCCUUCUCUGUUUUGUAAACAGCUGAAAAAGAUUAAAAAAACGAAAAACCUUUGAAGCAGAAAGCGAUUGAGUCGACAAUGGCGACCAAAGUUUACAUUGUGUACUAUUCGAUGUACGGACAUGUUGAGAAACUAGCUGAAGAGAUAAAGAAGGGAGCUGCAUCUGUUGAAGGAGUUGAGGCCAAAUUAUGGCAGGUACCCGAGACACUACAAGAGGAUGUUCUGACAAAAAUGAGCGCACCACCAAAAAGUGAAGUACCCAUAAUCACACCUAGUGAACUCGCAGAAGGUGACGGCUUCAUAUUUGGGUUUCCCACAAGAUUUGGAAUGAUGGCUGCCCAGUUCAAAGCAUUCUUCGAUGCUACCGGAGGCCUAUGGAGGGCACAACAACUCGCUGGAAAACCCGCCGGAAUAUUCUACAGCACCGGCUCUCAAGGUGGUGGACAGGAAACUACCGCAUUGACUGCUAUAACUCAGCUAGUACACCAUGGAAUGAUAUUUGUACCGAUCGGGUACACGUUCGGAGCGGGCAUGUUUGAAAUGGAGAAGGUGAAAGGUGGAAGCCCUUAUGGUGCAGGUACUUUUGCUGGUGACGGUUUAAGACAGCCGUCGGAUCUUGAAUUGGAGCAGGCUUUCCAUCAAGGCAAGUACAUUGCCACCAUUACCAAGAAACUCAAGGGAUCUGCUUAAUACAAUUCAUCUCUUCUUUCCAGAUACUACUGCUAUUCUUCUGUUGCUAUAAUUCUUGUGAUUUGUUUUUUUUUUUUUUUUUUUUGGUUUCUCUAUUCAAAUACUCAAAAGACAUAUAUAUAUUCGAUAAGAUUGAAAAAAAUGUAAUUCUUGGCUGGUUAUGCCAAUGUCCAAACUUUGUCCGUAAUAUCUUACAAUUUCUAAACCCUUGUGUUUUUUCAGUAAUUGUGAAGCUUGUUUA